GGAGGUAAAAUGGCGCAGCACUUUCCUGGCCGCAGCACCUCCUGUUGAUUCACUCUGUUGUUUAUUCCCAGCAGAGUGACACUAUGGCUGAAAUAUCCGGUGAGUUAAAUUGAGUUUAAUAUCAAAAUUUAAUUACAUACUGUAUAUAUGGGCUGUAUUUCUGAAUGAUGAAUCAACCUGGACACACUCUUUCAUCUGUCUUUUCUUAAACGCCCUCUGGACGGCACUAAUUUGGCCAUCCAAGGAGAACCAGCAUAUAGCUCUUGCAGAUACUAAAACUCUUUUAUUGUGUUAUUGUGUUGUGUUCUGUCAAGUCUGUUUCUGUUAUCGUUGCAACGUUAUGUGUUAUGAUGAAAGUUGCUAAAUUGAAUGUUGUCCUGUUUAUUAGUGUUAUGUUGAUUGUAACUAAACUAAACUAAACUAAACGUCAAUGGUCAACAUGAAUUUGGUUUUAGGAGAUUCUAGAAAUGUCAUAUGUAAGGGGACAACGAUGCCCAAGUGUAGAGAAACGAUUGUCAUCAUGUUAUUCUGUGAAAUUGCAUUUUCAUGAUCAGUUGCACUUACACACAUUAAAAAGUUUUUUUUUUUUUUUUUUUUUUACCAUGAUUCCAAUGUCAGAUGAUUUGCAACCAAUGAAGCGCAGGAGCAGCAAUCAGAUCCUGCCACCUGACAUGUCAGAUGAGUUGCAACCAAGGGAUCGCAGCAGCAGCAAUGAGAUCGUGCGACCUGACAUAUCUGAAAUCAGGAUUCUCCUGUUGGGGAAACAUAGGAGCAUAAAGACAAAGCUUGGGGACUUCAUCACCAGUAACCAAGGAGGUCAUUUCCAGAAGCAUUCUCCAGUCAGUCAAUCCGACGUCAUCUAUGGGGACUGGAAAGGACAAUCUGUAGCAGUAGUUAAGACCCCAAACAUGUUUGGCUUAUCCAUGGAAACACUAACAGAUGAAAUGAAGGACUGUGUGGCUCUUUGUGAUCCUGGACCCAAUGUCCUGCUCUUGACAGUGAAAGCUCUGACAUUCACAGAGAAAAAGUUACAAACAUUUAUGAAAAUUCUGCAUUUGUUUGGUGAAGAAGCUUUUGAGCAUUCAAUGGUCAUCACAACUGAUGAAGGGAUCAAAACUUCAACUUUUAAUCAACUGCUUGAGAAAUGUGGAGGAAGACAAUACAGCAUGUUGGAAAAAAACCAACGAUUGUUAAUGAAGAGGGUUACAACCAUUGUCCACCGCAGUAAACAAGCCUUCCUGACACUGACUGAGGAGUCCAUAAGAGCUGUGUCUGAACACAAGACACCAGCUUUAAACCUGGUUCUGUGUGGCGGGAGAGAAGAAGAAAAGAUAUCAACAGCCAAGGCCAUUCUAGGUCAGAGAGGUUCGUAUUCAGCCUCCAGCUCAUCAGAGUGUGUUAAACAUCAGGGAGAAGUUUGUGGACGAUGGGUUUCCCUGGUGGAGCUUCCUGCCCUGUAUGGAAAACCUCAGGAGGAAGUGAUGAAGGAAUCACUCAGGUGCAUCUCCCUCUGUGGUCCUGAGGGUGUCCAUGCCUUCAUCCUGGUCCUACCUGUGGGUCCACUCAAUGAUGAAGACAAAGAAGAGUUCAAAAUCCUCCAGAACACAUUUGGCUCAAAAGGCAAUGAAUUCACUGUGGUUGUGUUCACUUCAGAGUCAGAUCCUUCAGCUCCAGCUGUUGUUAACUUUCUAAAAGAACACAAGGCCAUCCAGGAGCUUCUUCAGAGCUGUGAAGGAAGCUCUUUUGUUCUCAACAUCAAGGACGAGCAGCAGAUCCCAGAGCUGCUGGAUGCUGUGGACAGGUUGAGGCUAUUAAAGGGAAGACCACACUGCUAUACAACGGAAACAUUUGCCAAAAGGGAGGAAAUCCUGCAAGGAGACAAAAGCAUCACGAAACUAUGCGAUGAACCUGAGGACCUGGAAACAAAGACCACAAUCAGAUUUGAUGAUGAAAGUCUGAGCCCGGAGUGUUUCAGGAUUGUGCUGCUAGGGAAGACUGGAAGUGGUAAGAGCUUUUCAGGAAACACCAUUCUGGGACGAAAAGAGUUCAAAGCUGAGGCAAGUCUAAUAUCAGUCACGACUGAAUGUCAGAAAGCACGAGGUGAAGUGGACGGUCGUCCGGUGGUUGUGGUCGACACCCCAGGCCUGUUUGACACAACUAUGUCCAACGAAGAGGUUCAUAAAGAGAUCAUGAAAUGCUUUACUCUGCUGGCUCCAGGACCACAUGUCUUCCUGUUGGUGUUACAAAUUGGCAGACUGACAGAAGAGGAGAGGGAGGCAUUAAAAAUCAUCAAGGAAGGCUUUGGGGUGAAUGCUGAAAAGUUCACCAUCAUUCUUUUCACAAGAGGUGAUACACUUGAGCAUGAGGAGAAGUCCAUUGAAGAUUACAUUGAGAAAUGCGAUGAUUCCUUUAAGAAUCUCUUCGCUGAAUGUGGUGGAAGAUACCAUGUGUUUAACAACUAUGAUAAACCAAACCGCAAACAAGUCAGUGAACUGAUGGCAAAGAUUGAGACCAUGGUGGGAAAAAAUGGAGGUGGUUGUUACACCAAUGAGAUACUGCAAGAGGCUGAGAGAGCAAUCAAAAAAGAGGUGCAGAAGAUCCUGAAAGAAAAGGAGCAAGAGAUGCAGAAAAAGUGGGGGGAACUUCAAAAACAACAUGAAGAAGAAAUUAGAGCGAUGGAAGAAAGAAAUCAACAACAGAGAGCAGAAACUAAAAACAAGGGCGAAUUGAAAGCAACAAAACUUCAAAAGAUGGAGGAGAUAAUGAACAUUGAGCUUCAGGUGAGGACGCAAGAAAAGGAAAAGAUGGAAGAAGAAGACAAAAGUAAGAAAAUACAAGAAAAAGUUGAACAACAGGAGUGGCAAAACAAGUUGAAUGUUUUGCAGGAAAAAAUACAACAUGAUUCUGCAUCAGAUGAAGAAAAAAGAGAAGAGCUAGAGCUUACCAAAAAAGAGAUGAGAAAGGAACAAGAAGCAUGGGACAACAAACAAAAAGAAUAUUGGGAAGAACGCAGAAGAGAAGAGGAAUUUAGACAAAAGCAGCAUGAAGCAAGGCUCAAAAAUCUCCAGUUGGAACAUGAGCAGGAGAGUGCAAAAUUUGACAUUGAGAUGAAAAAUGAAGAAGAAAACUUACAAGAACAGGAGAAAAGAGGAAGAAAAGAGUUAGAGGAAAAACACAAGAAAAUGAUGGAUGAUAUGAAGAAGACAUAUGAAGAGGAGGCAAGAAAGAAAGCCGAAGAAUUCAAUGAAUUUGGGCAGAAAUACAUCAAGAACUUUGCAGGUCUGAUAGAGGAGCAAAAGGAGGCACUGCAGCAAGAACACAGCAAAGAGUAUAGACGGUUGGGCGAGCUCUUGAGGUACAAAGAAAGAGAGCACAAAGAGAAAGUCAAAGAAAUGGAAAAACAACUCAAAGAAAAGGAGGGCUCGAUGGCAGCUCCUGAGAAAGAAAUAACUGUUAAAAGAGAAUGUGCCAUCCUUUGAUCUGCUUCUUGAACUCUAAUUUUAACAUAACAGACAGUGUCAUUGAUAAAUGUUAUUUCCAUGUUUACUUCAUGUACUAUUUGUUUUAUUACAGUGAUAUACGGCAGGUGCAUCUUUGAUACAUUUUAAAUAAUUAUUACAUCGCAGAACAUUAUGUGUGUGCAUGAGGGUUUGAGUCUGUAUCCUGUAAAGACCUCUAAUCAGUGGCUACUACAUCCCCUAAACCAAUCUGCAGUUCAUUUAACAAUUCAAUUCAUGAUAAAAAGAUGUGUCUGUAAGCCUCAAAGGAACCUGGUGAGGGAUGUUAUGUUGGGAACUGUGUCAAUACAUUCUUGUAAAUAUUAUAAAUAAUAUAUCAGUACAUGUUUCAAAUCAUUGUUCUUACUUGUAAAAUAUCAUGUGAGUGUGUAAGUCUAUUUUCAAUAAAAGUAUAAAUGAUGAA